ACCCUGGCUAUCGCAGCUUGUCUGUCGCCAUUGAUUCGGGAGACCCGAAGUCCAACGUUGUUCUGCUUUUCCUGCACGGCUGGCCCGACAACGCCAAGGUGUGGCACAGGCAGAUAUCCGCCUUCGUGGGAUGGGGGUAUCACUGUGUGGCUGCGGAGCUGCCCAUGUGUGGGGAGCACGGAGAGAAGGCAGCCUGGGGCUACGACUUCAACAUUGUAGCCAAACAAUUGGCAAAUCUGGCGCAGCAAUUACGCACCAGCGAAGGUGGCAAUCGCUCGUUGGUCCUCAUUGGCCACGACUGGGGUGCCUGGCUCACGUACAUGGCACAGAGGGCAGCGCCGCACCUUUUUGAUGCUAUCAUUCCCCUGGACAUUGCUCCGGGCUACGGGCAGUUGCCAUUUUCGGUGCAGUGGCGAAUAGUUGCCUACCAGCACGCGGCCUUGUCCUGCUUCGCACUAUCAAAGCUGCCAUUCCUUUCGGUUUUCCUUGCCAGAGUUAACUGGCUACGGCGAGGCUGGCGAGGGGCUGUCCCCGACCCCCUGGGAAGAGAUGAACGCUGCCAUGGGAUGGCCGUAUUGGCAGACUUGGAAGCCUCCUCGGAUGUUCCUGUGGGCUCUCUGGCAGACACAAGGACUCCAAGGUUGGGGCCAAAGCUCGGAGCAGGAUGCAAAGUUGGAGGGCCAGCUGCCUAG